CUUCUCCAACAGGGCGCAGCUGACCCCAGCUAGGGGACCUGGCCACGGCCCCCCGCCUGCCCCGCCGUGUCCCCGUCGCGCCCCCAUGGCCCACCCGCAGCUGGUGGUGGUGUUCGGAGCCACUGGUGCCCAGGGGGGCUCAGUGGCCCGAGCGCUCCUGGAAGAUGGGACGUUCAGGGUUCGAGCAGUAACCCGGAACCCUGAGCAGCGAGCAGCAAAGCAGCUAAGGCUCCUGGGUGCGGAGGUUGUGCAGGGAGACCAGGAUGAUGCGGCCAGCAUGGAGCGGGUCCUGAGUGGCGCUCACGCCGCCUUCAUCGUGACCAACUACUGGGAGAACUGCAGCCAGGAGCAGGAGGUGAAGCAGGGGAAGCAGCUGGCUGAUGUGGCAAAGCGCCUGGGCCUUCAGUACGUGGUCUACAGUGGCCUGGAGAACAUCAAGAAGCUGACGGCCGGGAGGCUGACGGCCGGACACUUCGAUGGCAAAGGGGAGGUGGAGGAGUACUUCUGGGACAUCGGCGUCCCCAUGACCAGUGUGCGGCUGCCCUGCUAUUUUGAGAACCUCCUUUCCUACUUCCUGCCCCAGAAGGCCCCGGAUGGGAAGAGCUACCUGCUGAGCCUGCCCAUGGGGAACGUGCCCAUGGAUGGCAUGUCGGUGGCUGACCUGGGCCCCGUGGUGCUCAGCCUCCUGAAGCAGCCAGAAGGACACGUGGGCCAGGCCCUGGGGCUCAGCACCUGCAGACACACGGCGCAUGAGUACGCUGCCCUCCUCUGCAAGCACACUGGCAAGGAUGUGCGCGAUGCCAAGACAAGCCCCGAGGACUAUGAGAAGCUUGGCUUCCCCGGUGCCCGGGACCUGGCCAACAUGUUCCGCUUCUACACCCUGAAACCUGACCGCGACAUUGAGCAGACCCUGAGGCUCAAUCCCAAGGCCAGGACGCUGGAGCAGUGGCUGGAGCAGCACAAAGGGGACUUUGCUCGCCUCUGAGCUGUGGCCC